GAGGAGGCAGGAGGAUUCCGGCGCUGGGGGGCUGGCUCGGGCGGCAGCGGUGGCUGCUGCGGAUGGGAGCGGGCCGGCUCGGCGCGCCCAUGGAGCGCCACGGCAGGGCCGCCGCCACCUCAGCCUCGUCGGCUGGGGAGCCGGCGCCCGGGGGCCCCGAAGGGCGGCGGCGGGAGCCACUGCGGCGCCGGGCGAGCAGCGCGUCGGCGCCUGCUAUCGGGGCCUCGGCGGAUGGUGUGAGGCGGGAUCGGCCCAACUCCUACAGCGACCCUGCCUCGGUCCCCCGCCCGCGCGUCGAAAGCCUCCGGAAAAAGCGGCCGCUUUUUCCAUGGUUUGGCUUGGAUAUUGGUGGAACCCUGGUCAAGCUGGUUUAUUUUGAACCCAAAGACAUCACUGCUGAAGAAGAAGAGGAAGAAGUGGAGAGUCUUAAAAGCAUUCGGAAGUACUUGACCUCCAAUGUGGCUUAUGGGUCCACUGGUAUUAGGGACGUGCACCUGGAGCUGAAGGACCUGACUCUGUGUGGACGCAAAGGCAAUCUGCACUUUAUACGCUUUCCCACUCAUGACAUGCCUGCUUUUAUUCAAAUGGGCAGAGAUAAAAACUUCUCGAGUCUCCACACUGUCUUUUGUGCCACUGGAGGUGGAGCAUACAAAUUUGAGCAGGAUUUUCUCACAAUAGGUGAUCUUCAGCUUUGCAAACUGGAUGAACUAGACUGCUUAAUCAAAGGAAUUUUAUAUAUUGACUCAGUUGGUUUCAAUGGACGGUCCCAGUGCUAUUACUUUGAAAAUCCUGCUGAUUCUGAAAAAUGUCAGAAGUUACCAUUUGAGUUGAAAAACCCAUAUCCUCUGCUUCUGGUGAACAUUGGCUCAGGGGUUAGCAUUUUAGCAGUGUAUUCCAAAGAUAAUUACAAGAGGGUCACAGGAACAAGUCUUGGAGGAGGAACUUUUUUUGGUCUCUGCUGUCUUCUAACUGGCUGUACCACUUUUGAAGAAGCUCUUGAAAUGGCAUCUCGUGGAGAUAGCACCAAAGUGGAUAAACUAGUGCGAGACAUUUAUGGAGGAGAUUAUGAGAGGUUUGGAUUGCCAGGCUGGGCUGUAGCUUCGAGCUUUGGAAACAUGAUGAGCAAGGAGAAGCGAGAGGCUGUCAGUAAGGAGGACCUCGCCAGAGCAACUUUGAUCACCAUCACCAACAACAUUGGCUCCAUAGCAAGAAUGUGUGCCCUUAAUGAAAACAUUAACCAGGUGGUAUUUGUUGGAAAUUUCUUGAGAAUUAAUACGAUCGCCAUGCGGCUUUUGGCAUAUGCUUUGGAUUAUUGGUCCAAGGGACAGUUGAAAGCACUUUUUUCAGAACAUGAGGGUUAUUUUGGAGCUGUUGGAGCACUCCUGGAGCUGUUGAAGAUUCCCUGAUUGUUACCUGGGAGGGCAUCCUGGAAAUUUCGACAAUGGGAUCUGUGGACUUUUGUAUUUUAAAAGACUUACUCAGUUUUAUGAUCGUGUACUACCCGAAUCAAAGCGAGAAAUGAUGUGUAUUUUUCUAAGUCAUCAAGA